AUGGAUGAUUUAUGUAGUGGAAUUGACGAGAAUGCCGUGGGGGCUUGUUCUGAGCUCAUAUUUGCUCCUAUUGAUGAAAUAUUCCCAGAUGAUGCUCCAUUGUUGCCUUCCGGUUUCUGCAUUAUCCCGUUGGAUUCAAAACCAGAUUCAGUGACAGCAAGUCAAACCCUGGAUUUGACAUCUGGUUUUGAAGUUGGCCCAACAACAAAUGGUGCAUGCGAUGCGGUAUCAUGUCAUAGUGCUCGGUCAGUGUUGACUAUUGCCUUCCAGUUUCCUUUUGACAGUAAUCUGCAGGAUAAUGUUGCUGUCAUGGCAUGCCAGUACAUCCGUAGUGUGAUUUCCUCAGUGCAGAGGGUUACCAUGGCGAUUUCUCCAUCUGGUAUAAACCCGACAGUUAGCUCAAAACUCUCUUCUGGUUCUCCAGAAGAUCUUACACUAGCCAACUGGAUCUGCUGCAGUUAUAGUUAUUAUUUGGGGAUAGAGUUGCUGAGAUCUGAUUCUCUCAUUGGUGAGUCAAUGCUUAAACAUUUGUGGCAUCAUCAGGAUGCCAUUUUGUGCUGUUCUUUGAAGUCAGUGCCAGCGUUCAUCUUUGCAAACCAGGCUGGCCUUGACAUGUUGGAAACAACUUUGGUGGCUUUACAAGACAUCACAUGGGUAUUUAGAGGAAGUGCCUUUUAUUAACUCCAUCUUGUGAAGGCAGAGAAAGCUAGAAGAUACAUUCCAAAAGAAUUCAAAUAGGUUGAAGCUUUUGGGGGGCCAAUAUUCUUGUAGAUAAUAAAGGUUGCAUUAAACUUGCAGAUUUUGGGGCCUCCAAACAAGUUGAGCUGGUUGCAAUGAAGCUUCCUUCAGAUAGGGAAAUUCAUGCAAGUGCUUUGUUGCGGAGGGGAAUUUGGACCUUAAAUGAAAUUUUUUGUACCGAUUUCUCGUUGGUGCUUGAGGAGAAUCAUAAAUUCCUGGCUAGUAUUGGAAUGGAUAACUUGAACGCUUAAUGCACAAAGUGGAGCAGUUUUAGGUUGAUUCUGAUCUUUUACUAAGUAUUUAGGUUGAUGAUCAUCUCUAUUAGUGUAAUUCGAUAUAUUAUGAGCAGUUCUAACU